GCUCCCAGUGUGCGAGGGAGUGCCGGGGCGAGUCAGACUGUUUUCAUUAGUAGUGGAGUCGGGCAGAGGGCUGCGCAGUGGACGCCGGUGGGAAGCUGAGGAUAAAGGGCAGCGAGCGAGGUUUUGGGCUGGAGCUAUGAGGGUGGGAGCUGCAGCCUUGGCGGGGGGGAUUUUUGGGGCUUUGGGGACCCUGUGUUUCCUCCUGGCUUUUGGUACAGACUACUGGCUAGUGGCCAGUGACGACUGUGGACCACAUACAUGGACAACACUGACAGGGGGAAAAGGUGCCAAUGGGACUGAGGUCCGGGCCGUGGAGGCCGCCGGCGCUCCAUCCCUGACUCUGCACCACGAGGGCUUCUUCUGGCGCUGUGGUUUUCAGGUGGAGCCCACGAGUCACGCGGUGCUGGCGACGCUCUUCACCAACCAGCCUGAGUCCAAGGUGUGUAUCCACGGUUACCUGUUCCCGCUGCCUGUUGCACUGGGGCAGGUGCCUCAUCCCAUUUAUGAUGCUGCAGCAGUCUUCCGGGGGUUCUGGACCGUGCUGAUCAUCCUCGGCCUGGUCUCGGCUCUGACCGGAGGCUUCCUCCUGGUCUGCGGCGUCCCGUUCAUCAGCCACAGACUCUACAAGCUGGGCGGAGCGUUCCUCGUCGCUGCCGCCUGCUUGUUCCUGGCCGUGGUCUCGCUCUACGUGCUGUGGAUGGAGGCGGUGGACGUGAAGCGCUACGUCCUGCAGGAGAGAGGGGACGCGUGUCCGCGCGCCCGCGUGUCCGUGCUCUACGGCCUGUCCUUCAUGGUGGCGGCGGCCGGCGUGCCUUUGGAGCUCAUCUCCGGCCUGGUCUUCAUGCUGGUGGGCCGGACGCUGCGUGCCAGCAAGUGAAGGGGACGGAGCACGUUGUGGUCUGCACAAUAACAUGCAACUGCGGCUCAGAGGAGCUUUAGAUGCAGACGACGCUGGUUUGGUGCAGCUGUAUUUUCUGCUUUGUUUGUUUCCUUUGGUCAUAAGUUUUCCACGAUUGAGAGUUCAACUAUACUGUAUGGAAAUGUGAAAUUAUUCUGGCCUUAUGGAUAAUAUAUAAUUCACAAGUUAAUAACUAUUAAAAUUGAUCAAUAAAAUUUAAUAUUUUAUAAUAA